AUGGAGUCCCCAACACGUCCCAUCCUGAGCCCCUCGAAGGCGUUGAAUCCGGUCUCACCGGAACGCAUGAAUCAACAAACCAUCCCCCCCUCUCCCUCACUACCCUCUGAUCUCCUCACAUUACACCACAAGAGGACUAGAGGUGUUUCGGAAGUCCAAGCCAAAGUGGCAUUUCUCAACGGCCUUUCUCGAGGAGGGAACACUGCCAACUCUGCAUCGAACAAUGCCGCUCUACAACGCGCUAUGCUGGGCCGCGAGGAAGCCGAGUCCGCCCUAACCACCGCACAAGAAGAUUUAUCCGAAGCACAAACACGAGAACGCCGGAUCAGUGAACGCCUGGAAUCAUUGUUGGAAGAGCUACAUGGUACGAAAGAACGCCAGGCCCACGAACGAUCAAUUUUCGAAAAAGAAAUCAGAAAAGCCCGCAAAGAAGCCUUUCGGGCUGGUUCAACCUUGGUAAAACUUCAAGAAGAAUUGAAACACUCGAAAUCAGACAUCAGAGCCCUGAAGGAGGAGCUGGGAGCAGAACGCGAGGCAAAGGACAAGGCCAAGCAGGAGGCAUUCGAACGCGCCUAUGCUCUUGCUGGUCUUACAGAGGAACUCGAAGUCCUGAAAGAGAAAUUCCGUGCCCUCGAAACAGACAACCACUCGAGCACCCUGGAAGUCCGCGCGCAUGAGAUUCGGAGAGAAAACUUCGGAAGACUGUCAAUAGCAGAAGGCGAUCUCGCGUUUUUGGCCACCCCGCGCAGAGCGAAACGAGCCGCUACAGGAUCUGUCCUAUCCCCAGCUCCGGCACGCGAAGAAGACCACGCAGAAGCCACUCCCCCCAAACGCCCACGUUUGUCGGAUUGUGCACCAAAAGCGGAGAGUGAAAAAGUUACAUCCGAGAAGGCUGCUGAACUAGACGAGGAUAUGUUGGAGGAGAUUAGGGAAGAGCUAAUCUUCGAGCGUCGUCGCAGAGUCGCAGCGGAAGAUAUGGUGCAUUUCUUGAACAUUGAGUGCCAGUUCGAACGCUGCUCUUGCAGGCUUGCAGAGAGCCAAGGUCGUCGCUACAUUUACGAUGCUGAGUACUAUAACAAAUUCCAAAAGCCUCAGAUCGAGGCGGAAGCAAAAGCUCGUGCUGAACAAGCCAGCAUUCAGAAAGCUAGUGUGCACCAAGUCCUUCCUCAUCCAGCAAGCACUCCCGAGGCUAGCCCUCCCCCUCCUCCACCUCCCGUUCACCGAUCACCUGUUCACCAGGCCACCACUCAGGUGAGAUCUCCUCAACAUAGCGUUCACCAGGAAGAAACAGAGUCAAGUCGUACUCCUUCAGCCGCGCCACCUGUUCCUGUGCACCAGCACACCGCGCCUACCAUGAAGGCUGAACCUACGGAUCUCCCCAAGAUGCAGAUGCCAGAGGAGCCCCUGGUUACAUUUUCUCCAGUGACUGGCACAUUCACGGCAUUCCCAUCUCCUCUCCGAGAUAAUGUCAGACCUCUGCGAUUGGACUUCUUCGACAAACCCGAUCGAGCCGAGCCUCGGCCAGAUGUCCACGCAGGUCAUGCCGAUGCCUCUGCAUCACCCGACUUAGGAAUCGACUCGUUCACCCCCUCUGGGGAGCCUGCCCCGACCAGAAUGCCCCGUCCCACCCCAUCAGAUGGUGCCGCCGAAUGCCCGCGUGUACCACUGUCUGUGGAAGCAAGACCGUCGAGACGUGUCGAGAGAGAGCCCUAUGGCUACCGCCAGCCCAUUAACCCCCCGAAGAGAGCUCCUUCCCGACAAGAGCCACAGUCACAGCGCACUUCGCACCCUGGCGUUCCCGAUACGCCUAUCGACCGCGAACAAGCACUCGCACAGAUCAGGGCGCGCCGAGGCCGCACCCAUAGCAAGCAGCGAUCAGUCAGUGCCAGUGAGCCCGGCCUCGCAGCUCGCGCCUCGGCGGGAUCCAACCCGACUUCUGCUCGGGGACCUAGACGUGUUCCUAACCCCAGUCUUCGGGCUGAUUCGAGGACCGAGAAAGAACUUGGCGAACGCCGAGAUAUGAGUGCUCCUGUUCGGAUGUUCCGACGUUAA